AUGGUCCAGCUGGGGAAGCUGCUCCGCGUCCUGACUUUGAUGAAGUUCCCCUGCUGCGUGCUGGAGGUGCUCCUGUGCGCGCUGGCGGCGGCGGCGCGCGGCCAGGAGAUGUACGCCCCGCACUCAAUCCGGAUCGAGGGGGACGUCACCCUCGGGGGGCUGUUCCCGGUGCACGCCAAGGGUCCCAGCGGAGUGCCCUGCGGCGACAUCAAGAGGGAGAAUGGGAUCCACAGGCUGGAAGCGAUGCUCUACGCCCUGGACCAGAUCAACAGUGAUCCCAACCUAUUGCCCAACGUGACGCUGGGCGCGCGGAUCCUGGACACUUGUUCCAGGGACACUUACGCGCUCGAACAGUCGCUCACUUUCGUCCAGGCGCUCAUCCAGAAGGACACCUCCGACGUGCGCUGCACCAACGGCGAGCCCCCGGUUUUUGUCAAGCCGGAGAAAGUAGUUGGAGUGAUUGGGGCUUCGGGGAGUUCGGUCUCCAUCAUGGUAGCCAACAUCCUGAGGCUUUUCCAGAUCCCCCAGAUUAGCUAUGCGUCAACGGCACCCGAGCUAAGUGACGACCGGCGCUAUGACUUCUUCUCUCGCGUGGUGCCACCCGAUUCCUUCCAAGCCCAGGCCAUGGUAGACAUUGUAAAGGCCCUAGGCUGGAAUUAUGUGUCUACUCUCGCAUCUGAAGGAAGUUAUGGAGAGAAAGGUGUGGAGUCCUUCACGCAGAUUUCCAAAGAGGCAGGUGGGCUCUGCAUUGCCCAGUCCGUGAGAAUCCCCCAAGAGCGCAAAGACAGGACCAUUGACUUUGAUAGAAUUAUCAAACAGCUCCUGGACACCCCCAACUCCAGGGCCGUCGUGAUUUUUGCCAACGAUGAGGAUAUAAAGCAGAUCCUUGCGGCAGCCAAAAGAGCUGACCAAGUGGGCCAUUUUCUCUGGGUGGGAUCCGACAGCUGGGGAUCCAAGAUAAACCCACUGCACCAGCACGAAGAUAUCGCAGAAGGAGCCAUCACCAUUCAGCCCAAGAGAGCGACCGUGGAAGGGUUUGACGCCUACUUCACGUCCCGCACGCUUGAAAACAACAGAAGAAACGUAUGGUUUGCCGAAUACUGGGAGGAAAACUUCAACUGCAAGUUGACGAUUAGUGGGUCAAAAAAAGAAGACACAGAUCGCAAAUGCACAGGACAGGAGAGAAUUGGAAAAGAUUCCAACUAUGAGCAGGAGGGUAAAGUUCAGUUUGUGAUCGACGCUGUCUACGCUAUGGCUCACGCCCUUCAUCACAUGAACAAGGAUCUUUGCGCUGACUACCGAGGUGUCUGCCCAGAGAUGGAGCAAGCCGGAGGCAAGAAGUUGUUGAAGUAUAUCCGCAAUGUUAAUUUCAAUGGGCGUUAUGACAUCUUUCAGUACCAGACAACAAACACCACCCACCCUGGCUACCGUCUGAUUGGACAGUGGACAGAUGAACUGCAGCUCAAUAUAGAAGACAUGCAGUGGGGAAAAGGAGUCAGGGAGAUCCCUGCCUCGGUGUGCACACUACCGUGCAAGCCCGGGCAAAGAAAGAAGACGCAGAAGGGAACUCCUUGCUGCUGGACCUGUGAGCCUUGUGACGGCUACCAGUACCAGUUUGACGAGAUGACAUGCCAGCACUGCCCCUACGACCAGCGGCCCAAUGAAAAUCGAACCGGUUGCCAGGAUAUCCCCAUCAUCAAACUGGAGUGGCACUCCCCCUGGGCCGUAAUCCCCGUCUUCCUGGCCAUGCUGGGGAUCAUCGCCACCAUCUUUGUCAUGGCCACUUUCAUCCGCUACAAUGACACACCCAUCGUCCGAGCAUCCGGGCGGGAACUCAGCUACGUUCUUUUAACGGGCAUUUUUCUCUGCUACAUCAUCACUUUCCUGAUGAUAGCCAAACCUGACGUAGCAGUGUGUUCUUUCCGGCGGGUUUUCUUGGGCUUGGGUAUGUGCAUCAGUUAUGCAGCCCUCUUGACAAAAACGAAUCGGAUUUAUCGCAUAUUUGAGCAGGGCAAGAAAUCAGUGACAGCUCCCAGACUCAUAAGCCCGACAUCACAGUUGGCAAUCACUUCCAGUUUAAUAUCAGUUCAGCUUCUAGGUGUUUUCAUUUGGUUUGGUGUCGACCCACCCAACAUCAUCAUAGACUAUGAUGAACAUAAAACAAUGAACCCUGAGCAGGCCAGAGGAGUUCUCAAAUGUGAUAUUACAGAUCUCCAAAUCAUUUGCUCCUUGGGAUAUAGCAUUCUUCUCAUGGUCACAUGUACUGUGUAUGCCAUCAAGACUCGGGGUGUACCAGAGAAUUUUAAUGAAGCCAAGCCCAUUGGAUUCACUAUGUACACGACAUGUAUAGUGUGGCUUGCCUUCAUUCCAAUUUUUUUUGGCACCGCUCAGUCAGCGGAAAAGCUCUACAUACAAACUACCACGCUUACAAUCUCCAUGAACCUAAGUGCGUCAGUGGCGCUGGGGAUGCUAUACAUGCCGAAAGUGUACAUCAUCAUUUUUCACCCUGAACUCAAUGUCCAGAAACGGAAGCGAAGCUUCAAGGCGGUAGUCACAGCAGCCACCAUGUCAUCGCGGCUGUCACACAAACCCAGUGACAGACCCAACGGUGAGGCAAAGACAGAACUCUGUGAAAACGUAGACCCAAACAACUGUAUACCACCAGUAAGAAAGAGUGUACAAAAGUCUGUUACUUGGUACACUAUCCCACCAACAGUAUAG